CUGGAGCUGUGAUCCUGGAGAGCCCUGCCCUUCCUGUGACUGGGGGAGAUUCUGUGACUCUGCGCUGCAGAUAUCAGGGAACUCCCUCUAACCUCACAGCUGAUUUCUACAAAGAUGGAUCCCUCAUCGGGACUGAGACUACAGGAGAGAUGACCAUCCCUGCAGUAUCCAAGUCAGAUGAAGGACUCUACAAGUGUACCAACUCUAAAGGAGAAUCACCAGAGACCUGGAUGACAGUGACAGAUAUAUCUCUUCCUGACUCUCUGAGUGUCAGUCCUGACAGAUCUCAGUUCUUUAAAUAUGAGUCUGUCUCUCUGAGCUGUGAGGUUCAGGGGAACUCUGCUGGAUGGAGAGUGAUGAGGAACGCAGAGAGAGGAAAGCUUUCAGAGUGUGUUACUGACUGGGGAAAACAACAAGAGUCUUCAUGCAUCGUGUUGCUAAUACCAUCAGACAGUGGAGUGUACUGGUGUGAGUCUGGGUCUGGAGAACACAGCAAUGCUGUCAACAUCACAGUACAUGAUGGAGCUGUGAUCCUGGAGAGCCCUGCCCUUCCUGUGACUGAGGGAGUUUCUGUGACUCUGCGCUGCAGAUAUCAGGGAACUCCCUCUAACCUCACAGCUGAUUUCUACAAAGAUGGAUCCCUCAUCAGGAAUGAGACUACAGGAGAGAUGACCAUCCCUGCAGUAUCCAAGUCAGAUGAAGGACUCUACAAGUGUACCAACUCUGAAGGAGAAUCACCAGAGAGCUGGAUGACAGUGACAGAAUACUAA